CUCACAAAUGGGAAUACUGGGGACUCUCUCUGGAGACUAUGUGUACACUUCGCCCUCUGCCAGCUUUAAUCAAAACAUCCUCUGAUUGCACGCUCAUUAUCACCUUCUCCUCUGGAUCCCCUCGGAUGCCCCCAGAGCCAUCAUCAUGGGCAGCGUCAGCAGUUUGAUCUCGGGACACGGUCUCAACAGCAAGCACUGCCGCGCCUCGCAGCACAAACUCAAAAAGGGACUCCACUCCAAGCGAACGGGCAGGAGUUUGGACGGCCUUCUGAAGUAUGGUUUCUCUCAGGACCCCAGCAGCACUAAUAACAACAACAAAGGCGUUUUCCACUCGGCCAAAAGCGAGGACUUCUUUUACAUCAAGGUGAGCCAUAAGACCAAGCCUGGUUACCAUAGAAACGUGUCAGGAGAGGACCGCGAUGGAGUGUCACUGGAUACCGAGGCCGGUCAAGGGACUCCACCGGAACUAAUACCGAUGUCGGGAAGACUGGAGAAGAGUGUGGAGAAGGUCCUCAUCCGACCCACGGCGUUCAAGCCCGUGCUUCCCAGAAGCAGCAGCUCCUCCAUGGAGACGCACAACAGCCUGAACCAGAUCCUGGGCCGCGGGCUCAGCCCGUCCGAGCGCGCCAAGGACACACCGGAGCCCAAACAGGACGCCGGCUCGGGCACGCUGACCGACUCGGGCCGCAACUCCAUGUCCAGCCUACCGACCCACAGCACCGGGUACAGCAGCCAGCUGGACGGCACCAGCAUCGGCACCGGCACCGGCACCGGCAUGUCCACGGGCCACCUGGUGCACUACAGCAGCUCGGCCCACAACGUCAGCCUGCAGCAGCAGCACCUGAACGGGAACUCGUCGGGGCUGAGCGGCGGGUCGGGGCCGGCGUGGCUCGGGGGGGACGGCAGUUCAGGGAUCGGCGAGAUAACCGUGGGCAGCUGGAUGACCACCUCGGGCACCAGCAGCAACCAGGCGCUCAACAACGGGCGAGCCAACUCGUCGACGCUCAGCGACAGCCUGACGGCGGCCAUGAACCUGAACAGAGACAUCGCCGCCGCGGCCAUCACCGCGCGCCCUCCCGACGGCCAGCUCAGCCUGGAGCUCUUCCCCGAGGCCAACGGCGCCAACGCCGCCGCCAAGCCCGCGGCCAACACGCCGGUGUCGGAGGUGGGCUGCGUGCGCUCGCCCAUCUCCCCGGACGAGUCCGCGAUCCUGCAGCUGGAGCGGCGGCUGCUGGAGCGCGAGUCGGAGCUGCAGGAGCUGGUGGUGUGCCUGGAGGACAAGGAGGCCGACACGUGCCAGCUGUUCGAGGAGAAGCAGCGCUACUGCGCCGAGGAGAUGCAGGGCCUCAAGCAGCGCUGCUCCACCAAGCUGCGGCAGGCGUCCCAGCGGGCGCUCCGCGCGCAGCAGCUGCUGCAGCUGCAGGUCCUCCAGCUGCAGCAGGACAAGGAGCAGCUGCAGGAGGAGGUGGAGCGGCUGGAGCGCGAGAGGGAGGCCGCCGAGGCCCGGCUGAGGAGCUACGAGAGGGAGAACAUCCAGCUGGCCCCCACCCUGGAGGAGACCCAGUGGGAGGUGUGCCAGAAAUCGGGGGAAAUCUCGCUGCUGAAACAGCAACUGAAAGACUCGCAGGCGGACGUCGGCCACAAGCUGAGCGAUAUCGUCAACCUGAGAGCGGCGCUCAGGGAGGCCAAGAGCAAGAUGGAGGAGCUGGAGAAGAAGAACAAGGAUAACGAAGACAGCAUGCGCUCUCGUCGCGCCGAAGUCGAGGUCUGCCAGAAUGAACUUCAAAGAAAGAAAAACGAGGCGGACCUCCUAAGAGAGAAGGUGGGCCGUUUGGAAACCGACAUCAAGGGCAUGAAGCAGGAGCUGAGUCUGGCCAAGGAGGAGCAGGUGAAACUACAGAGCAGCAGAGCCAAGCUGGAGGAGGAGCACCUGAAGCUUCAGAUCACCAGAGCCAAGAUGGAGGUCUUUGGCAACGCCGAGGCGAUGGAUAAAGGCAACACUGAGGGAAACAAAAUGGUGGACACCGAUGCCCUGCAAAGGGAGGUGGAGAGGAUGAGGAAGGAGCUGAUGGAGGAGAAACAAAAGAAAGACAAGAUGGUGAACAACUUCCAGCAGGAGAGACAGACGUGGAACAAGGAAAAGGACAAAGUGAUCCGAUACCAGAAGCAGCUGCAGUACAACUACUUGCAGAUGCACAAAAAGAACCAAGAUCUGGAGAAGAUCCUGCGGGAGCUGACCGCAGAGAUGGACAGCCGGACUGAGCUUGACAUGGACAUUCACAGUCCCCCGCUUCGCUAUGACAACAUGGUUGCCACAGAGAUCUAAGGACAGGGUUGGAUGAAGCCAUGGAAUCCUUUUUCUAUCUCAAUGGUUAAAGCAAUGACAUCACCAUCAUGAUCUUUUUCAUCAUCUUCAUAGUCUUCGUCAUCACCAUCAUCAUCAUCAUCAUCAUCAUCACCACCAUCGUCAUCACUACAGAGAUGUAUGGAUUAUAUACAGCACCAGGAGUAGAAGACACAUCAUCAAUAAUCAAUUCAACAAUAAGAAACCUGUUUAUCAUUGUCAGAGCUAAAUCAAUGUUCAUGUUUGAAUGCAUCAAGGCCAGGGUGGGAAGCCGUAGUUUCACGAUCCUUCUGGGUUGACAAGAGACAGCCUUGAGGGGUGCUAAUACGGAUGUGUGGUUCAUAAACGUGCUCACUGAUGUGCUCAAGACAGAGCACAGGAUUGGAUAGCAGCACUAGCUAACGAGCACUGACCCAAAUCCAAAUCCAAACGUCUUUGCUGACUAGCAGAUAAGGAAAUGUAGCCAGCAUUUCCAGAGAAUAAACCCACUGACGUCUGACCUGACAUGUAGCCUGGCAACUGCAGGCCAACAUGAGGCUAAGAAGAGGGAAAUGGCCGUGCCAUGGUCCUGUUUUUCCUGUUAUCUGCUCAAGAGUCGGUAUAAAUGUAUGCAGUUCUUGAAAGCCCAGUUCUAACCUGGAAACGUGUAUUUUCUUGUUCUGAUUGUACAGAUACCAUAUAGUCUUGCUAGUUGAGAUUUCUGCAAUGUUUUACAUGUAUACAGCUGAGAUACGCAUAUGGUUCACACACCACACAAAAUAGAGAUAUAGGACAGUAAAACUACCAUGACUAAAUAGAAAUGCAUAAUAUUCAAAUCAGUUCCUGAAAUAUGCGUAUGUAUGGAUAUACGGUAUUAUAUCCUCACAGGACAGAGAUGUGUUGAAUGUAAUGCAGCCCAUUAAUAAGAAACAUACUAGCUAUAAGCAUAGAGUUAUAAAGACUUAGCCCUCACUCCCCCACUGAAACAAAAGAGUAUCUAUCGCACUGGUGUAACAUUAGCACACUAAUGUUGAAACAGCAUGAUACCUUAUCAGAUCUAUGUCCAAAGCCAGAUGUAUAGCCACAAAGCACUUGAACACUAACGGGUGAAUGGUCAUACGAUGCACUAACGGGUUUAUGUGGCCUGUGCAAACAGUGUUCUUGUGAGCCUUAAAUUCACUGAUAAGACACCUGUCACUGCAGAUGCAGCUCACAGCUGCCACACUACGCCUGUUCUCUUCAAGAUAUGGCAACAUCAGGAUCUCUCUCACCUAGGAGAAUAAAUGGCAUGCAAAAUACAAAAAUGAUAUAUGUUCCCUCUCAUUUCAAUUUGAUAGCAAUCUGUUUUUCACUGGAAAGCCUUACAAUUCAUUUUUGUUAUAAGAAAAGACAGUUAGUUGAACCAAAUGAAUAUGUGCAGCAAUACAAUUGCUAAUUACUAAUUGUGAAUGGUUCCAAAGUAUUUGAUAUUGAAGCUAAGGCCUUUUUGAGACAAUAGAGCACCUUGUUAUGAAUGGGUAAACAAACUGCAUACAUAUUGAUUGGUGUUAAAGGUGACAGACACCUGAUCCAAAAGAAGCCCAUGUCUCUCUGCAUGGCCGCAACUCUAACCUACGCUUAAGCAGUCUUCUGGGAAGUUUUUCUCAAAUCUCAGUAUUUCAAUUCCCAUUUGAUAUAAGAAGUCCAAAGGUCCACCAAUGUUUUUCUUUGUCAAUGUUGUUCUUUGACAAAGAAAUCAAAUGUAAAGACACCGAUGAGAAGCUAAGAGAAGCUACUGUUGUGCAGGCAAAAGUACAGUAAUACACUGAAGCCAGAAAAGGUUUGGCAUCCACUCAGUGACCUCCAGUGGUGAGAAAAAUAACAAUACAAAAUGUCUUCCCAUCCCUCAAAACCCCUUAAUGCGUUACUGCCAGGAGAAACAGGAGUGUGCACAGAGAACUGGGGCUUCCUAUGGGAGGUGCACUGUUACUUAUGGAAUGGAUGCAAGGUAGAGAUUAAAAUCCACUAAAACUGAGAUUUUGAAUGUUAAAACCUGCAAUAGGUUCACCAUGGCGAGCUACAAUGACACUCUUUUCAAUAUCCUACUUCAGGUCUCUCAAGCGUUUGUUUUAUUUGACAUGUUUUGUUUUUCUUUACUUGAUGGAGAUAGUUCACUGGGCACAAUGUACUGUUUGCAACAUCAGAUGUUUUACUAUAUUGCACAUAAUGUCCAGAAUAUAGGCUAGAACUGUAGCUUUCUUCUUGUCUUCUGUCAAUGUCUGGGUUCGUAAAUAUUUCACCUAAGUUUUGUCCACUCUCUCACUCCUCAUCACUUACUAUGGGUAUUGUGAUAUAGUCCUAAGAACUUUUUCAAACAUUAUUCUCACCAACACUAAAUGGUUACAGUGGCUCCCAAAUAAGGCAAUCCACAGAUGAAUUUUUACCCAAUGUACGUAUUGUAUAUUUCUAUUUAUUUUAAAUAAACAAAAAAUAAAGAGGCUCU